AUGCAGACGGUAGGUUUGACGUUACAAUAUUUCACCUUUUUUCAAAUUUCAAACAUUCUUUAAAGUUUACGGUGUUACCUAUAAGAUAGAUAAGCUAAAUUUGGUAGAAGGGCGUGGGCAAGGAGUUUUUUUUAGGUUAUGGGCGGGGUGGAUCAAAAAAAUUUUUUACUAUUUAGUAUAAGGUUGGUGCAAGUUUGCCUGUUGACCAGACUGAUAAAAAUUUUAAAAAUAUUGUUUUAAAUUUAAAAAAAGUGAAAAUAAUAGCUUUUUUUACAAGUUUUAUUAAGCUUUUACUAGCUCUCGCGCACGACUAUUUUUGUUUCGCUAUCCACGCUUAACUAACAGCUGUCAAAACAGUUCAUUAUCAAACGAAUUGAAUUGUUACAUUUUUGGCUAAAUUCACGAAAACAAGCAUGUUAGUAAGUAUUGUUUUAGCUAUGUCUUUAUGAUUUUGGCAUUUCUUAUUGCUCACAAGAGGGGGGGGUUCGUCAUUAAGCUUUAAAAAAAUUACUUUGUUUUAAAAGCUGUCAGAUUCUUUUUGUAAGGUGGCUUAAAUUUUUUUGAUAGAGGAAGAGUGUAAAAUACGCAUUGACGAGAAUUUGAGAAAAAUUGUUAAUAAACGCGCUCUAAUCCUUAGGGCGUCUAAAUAGUUCUAAACUUUCCGAAAUUACACUAAAAUCACCUUGUUUUUCCCAAAAUCUCGAACCCAAUUGAGAAAACGGUAAUUAGGAGCUGAUAAAUAACAAACCGGAGUGACCUUUAACGCCCAACUUUUUUCUCUCUAACAAAACACUUGACUUGGGUCGGGUCUGCCAACGAGACGAAGAAUCGCUUUGGUCAGUCCUUUUUUAAUGGAAUUAAGAAGCGGGCUUGAUUAAAAGUGGAUUUUUAUAGAUUUCUGAUUGUGAAAAUGAUUUUUUAUAUUUUUAUUUUUUAAAAAUGAUUUUUUGUUACCUAAAAAUGAUCUUUUUUGUGGUUUUAGCUUUAUAAAAGAGCAUUUUUCGAAAUUUUUAGUUUUCAAAGGAAUUUUAAAUGUUUUUCUUCAUAAAAGCAAUGUUUUAAAGUCAGUUUUCAAUUAGAUCUUCAGAAUUCCGAAGUUUCCGGCCAAUUUGACCGCUUUUGUUUUGAGACAGAUUUGAGUUAUGUUUUCUGGUUUUUAUUGGGUUGAGGCUUUUGAGUUGGAACCGAACGUUGUUUUUUAAAAUUGUUAUGCUUUUUAAGGUUAGAGAUGGGCUGUAACGAAAGUUCUUGCAAUUUUUAAUAUUUUGUGUGUAAUUUGGGACCAGGCAUAUUUUGGAAAGAAAGUUCUUGCACUGUCAAAAGAAAAAAUUCAUUUUUUCAAAAAAUCGAAAUUUUAAUGAAUUGGAAAGUUAUUGCGAUUUACAUGGUAAAAUACGUUAAAAUCUCUUUGCACUUAUACGUUUUGUAAAAAAAAGUUCUUGCGGUUCAAAAAAUGGAUUCUGUAAAAAAAAGUUAUUGCGAUUUGAAACAAAAUUUAUUACUGCGUGUAAAGAAAGUUAUUGCGGGUUAGAACAAGCGUUAAUUACUAAAAAAUCCCCAUGUUGUUACUCUCAAAUUGGCCAUUCAGUCCCCAUGGAAAAGGGAAUAAAUUUGUCAAGAAUUAAAGCCCUGAGGGUUAUUAGAAGCAAGUUGGCGUUGUCUGAAGUUUUCUUCAGUCUCGUCUUUUUUUUUUCACUUGGCCAAAGGGGGGGGGGCGGCCGAGAAUAUCGGAUUUUUUCGCUUUUUAUGGAAAAAGCGAAAGAAAAAGUAUUGGAAAUGGAUGUGGGGCUUCGUUGAGGGGUUUUGCUUUAAAUGCAAUUUUAAAUGUAGCAUAACCUUCGAAAAAUAUUUUUGUUGAGCUAAAAUUGAAGGUUUUUGAAUGUAAAGCAUGCGCAAUUUAAGAAUUUUGGGUUCAGAAGCGUUUUAAGGAAAUUUUUAUCUUUCGAAAGAUGGAUAAUAUAAUAUUUUUAAUUUUUUCUUCAUUUUAUCUAAUUUAUUUUGUUAGUUUUACUAUUAAUUUUAUCUUAACUAGCUACUCUAAGAUAAUACUUAUUCAAUCCAGCUAAUCUAAAACAAUAUAUUUAAAAAAUAAUUUCAACUUCAUUAAUUAUAUUGUUCUUCAGGUCAAGGCGAACAUGCCGGCAGUGAAAGGCGAUGGAAUGCGCGGUUUGGCCGUCUUCAUAUCCGAUAUCAGGAAUUGCAAAUCGAAGGAAGCCGAACUGAAGCGAAUCAAUAAAGAAUUGGCCAAUAUCCGAGCCAAAUUUAAAGGUAUGGGUUUUUUGUUUGGUUUUUUUUGAAUUUUAGGUAAUAAGGAUGGUGUUUUAAUUUGAAACCGUGAGGAGAAGAUGGAUUUUAAAUUCAAUUUGAAGAGAUAAGGGGAAAAAAUAUUUUGAAAUCUGUUUUGGACAUUGUUCUUGAACAGUUCCAUACAAAAUGUUAGCCAUGAAUAAUAAAUCACUAUGUAAACAUAGCCUUGAAGUUAAUAAUUGCUAUUUUAGGUGACAAAACCCUGGAUGGUUAUCAGAAGAAGAAGUAUGUGUGUAAAUUACUCUUUAUCUUCUUACUUGGACAUGACAUCGACUUUGGGCACAUGGAAGCGGUUAAUUUGCUCAGUAGUAACAAAUACACUGAAAAACAGAUUGUAAGUUUUUAACUUUGGUUUUUCUUUGAUGUUUAGGUAAUAAAAUGGCUUGAUUUGGAGAAAAAAUGGAGGUUAGUUGGGCAUAAUAGCUUUUAGUCUUUUUUUGUUGUAAAAUGAUGAAUUUUGGGUAUAAAAAGGUAUAAAUAGAUGAUUUGGGCCUGAAAUUUGAUCUUUAGAUUAUUUUGAAGCUGUGUAGGAUAAAAUUUGUAAAGAACUGAUCUAAAAUCAUCUAGAAACAUUAAAAUAAAGAAUAUUAUAGCAUCCUUUAUAUCUCUAGUUUAAAACUUACAUUUUCAGGGCUACUUAUUCAUCUCAGUCCUGAUAAACCUCAAUUCCGAGCUGAUAAAGCUGAUUAUUCAGUCGAUUAAGAAUGAUAUUGGUUCAAGAAACCCGAUUCACGUCAAUUUGGCUCUUCAAUGCAUCUCCAAUAUUGGUUCUAAAGACAUGUGCGAAGCGUUUGCUCAGGAUUUGGUCAAGCUGUUGGUUUCUGGGUAAGAAUUUGAAACUUUUUUUUGGUUUUUAGGUAAAUUAUGAUGAAUAUGGUAAGGUUGUUAUUAUAGACUAAAAAUUUUCAGUUUUUAUAAUUAACUUAUUUUGAUGACUUUUUCAGUGACACAGUUGAUUUUGUAAAACAAAGCGCAGCUUUAUGUCUUCUGAAGCUCUUCAGAACCUCAAAUCAAGUUCUACAACCAGGAGAAUACUCUUCUCGUAUCGUUCACUUGAUCAAUGACUCACAUCUUGUAAGUUUUUAUUAAUUUUUGUUUUGUAAAGAAAGUUCUUGCUAUUUUAAGCGGUGUAAAGAAAGUUAUUGCCGUUUCAUUCCAGAAUUCUUAUAACAAUGACUUCAAUAAUGAGUAAUUACCAUUUUCAGGGUGUAGUAACAGCCGCAGUAUCUCUAAUCGAAGCGUUGAGCAAGAAAUGGCCAGAAGAAUAUAAAACCUGUGUACCUCUAGCAAUCUCACGUCUAAGCCGCAUUGUGACCUCAACCUACACCGACCUACAAGACUAUACCUACUAUUUUGUACCAGCACCGUGGUUGUGUGUCAAGUUACUACGGCUUCUACAGAACUAUCCGCCUCCAGAAGACCCGGGCAAUCGUUCUCGACUGUUCGAAUGCCUCGAGGGCAUCCUCAACAAAGCUCAAGAUGCACCAAAGUCCAAAAAGGUUCAACAUGCAAAUGCCAAGAAUGCAGUACUAUUUGAGGCCAUAUCAUUGAUUAUACAUCAUGAUACAGAGCCGAGUUUGUUGGUCAGAGCUUGCAAUCAACUGGGAACUUUCUUGUCUCAUAGGGAAACCAACUUGAGGUAGGUGUUUUAUGUUUCUUGCGUUAGUUUUUAGGUAGUGAUGGAAUGGUGAGGAAGGCGCGAAAGGUGUUUUAGGUUAUGAGGUUCAGAGUGAAAUGAUAAUUUAUAUAGGGCGUGUAAAUGAUAAAGAUUUAUGUUGUAAAGAAUGUUUCAGUUACUUUUUGAUUUGUAAAGAACGUGUUUGCAAUUUUUUGUUUUUUAAAGAAUAUGCCCGAACUCUCGUAUUUUAACAUAUAUUUUAUCCUCUUUAAUAUCAUCUUUUAAGAUACCUUGCCCUGGAAUCUAUGUGCCUUCUAGCCACUUCCGAAUUCUCUCACGAAGCCGUCAAAAAGCACCAAGACACUAUUAUCAACUCACUCAAAACAGAACGUGAUGUUAGUGUAAGACAACGGGCCGUCGACCUCUUGUACGCAAUGUGCGACCGGUCGAAUGCUGUGAAUAUUGUGAAUGAAAUGCUGAGUUACUUGGAAACGGCAGACUACUCAAUUCGCGAAGAGAUGGUACUUAAAGUGGCAAUUUUGGCGGAAAAGUAUGCGGCCGAGUACACGUGGUACGUCGAUGUGAUUCUGAAGCUGAUUCGAAUCGCUGGAGAUUAUGUCAGUGAAGAGGUGUGGUACAGAGUUAUUCAGGUAAGAGUAUAAGCGUUUUGGAGGGAUGGGGACGGUAAAAUUUUUUUGAUUUGUAAACAAAGUUUUUGCAGUUUUUUGCUUUGGAAAGAAAGUUCUUACCUUUUUUUGUUUUUGAAAGAAAGUUCUUGCUAUUUUUGGGUCUGUAAAGAUUCUUUUCUAUUUUUUGUUUUGUAAAGAAAGUUUUUCCUACUUUAAAGUAUGAUUUUCUCUACUUAUCGACCGAUUUUCAGAUUGUGGUCAACCGUGAAGACGUUCAAGGCUACGCAUCGAAAACCGUCUUCGAAGCUCUCCAACGUCCAGCGUGCCACGAGAACAUGGUCAAGGUGGGAGGCUACAUUCUAGGCGAGUUUGGCAACUUAAUAGCCGGCGAUCAACGCUCAGCACCAAUCAUACAAUUCGAGUUACUGCACAGUAAAUAUCAUCUCUGCUCGAUCAACACCAGGUGCUUGCUGUUAACUACAUAUGUCAAGUUCUGUAACCUGUUCCCGGAGAUUAAGGGACGAAUCCAAGAAGUGCUACAGACCGACUACAACUUGAGAAACCCUGAUGCGGAGUUACAACAGAGAGCAGUGGAGUAUCUACAUUUGAGCAAGGUGGCUUCACCUGAUGUCUUGGCUACGGUAAGGGGGUGGUUUUUUAAUUUCGAUGUAAAACAUGUUGAUAUAUUAGGUGAUUGCGAAAUUAUCCCGCCAAUUUUUCAAAAAUUUUUUUAAAAAUUCUGGACUGUUCUAGAACUUUCUGUUGAUAACCUAUAUAAAGGGAUGUCCAAGCACUAAAAAAUAUUGCAUGUUCAAGCUUUCUGUUGUUUACGGUGGUUCAAGAAAUCAAGGUAAGACAUAGUCAUGUUAGGGCAAUGUUGCUUCGCAACUUCCGUGAGAAAGGCAACGCAACAAGAGCAACGAAAAAAAUAUGCAGUGCUGUAGGGCCUUCAGUUGUCUCUCACGACACCACAAAAAUUUGUUUCCACAAGUUCAAAAACGGUGGCUUUGACAUGUCCGAAAAGCUCGACCUGGUAGACCAUCAGCGUUGAAGAAACCCCACCUUCUGAAGCUGAUUGAAGAAGACCUCAGACAAACCUGUACUAAUUUGACUGUAGAGCUUCAGUGUGAUCUUUCUACCAUAUUAACUAGACUUCACGACCUUGGAAGAUCAUGGAAAUAUGGUCAAGGGGUUCCACAUGAUUUGAACAGCAACCAGCUGAAACGCUAAGUGGAAGUUGCACUUAUUUGUUGAUGUUCCCAAUGACCUUUGCAUGGCUUGGCAAUUUGGUUACUGGGGAUGAGAAGUGAGUACUGUAUGUUAAUCACACCAGGAAGAAACAAUGGCUUGAACGUGGAGAACAAGGUACACCAACCCCAAAACCUGGUCUUCACCAACUGGAGGAGGUGACUAGCGUUAGCUGGAACUCAACAUGUAUUGUGUACUGGGAAAUGGUACCAGAUGGAACUACGAUCCCAGUGGAUGUCUACUGUAGACAAAUCAAAUCUGUUGCCGUUGCAUUGCAUGGUAAAAAAGGCCGCGUCUUCUUCAUUCACAAUACUGCUCGCGCCUAUGUCACAAAGUUAACCCAACACAAGCUGAAAAGUUUCGGCUAGGCUGAGAUGCCACAUGCACUGUACUCCAUUGAUGUUGUGCCUUCAGCUUAUAAUAUGUUCCACUCUCUUCAGAACCAUUUGGAUGCAACACGCUUUGACAACCGAGACGACCUCAAGCGAUGGUGGACUAACUUUUUCAAUUCUAAAACUCCAGGUUUCUGUAGAAGUUGAAUCCAAAUGCUGCCGAAGGAAUGGCAACAGGUCGUUGCUAAUAAUGGUACAUAUAUUUGUUAAUUAGUUGUUGUUGUUUUUUUUUAAUAUUAAAUUUUGGUAAAAACAAAAAUUGGCGGGAUAAUUUCGCAAUCACCUAAUAGAUGGGUAUGAGGGAAUUUUUUUUUUUAAUUUUAGGUUUAGGCCAUACAUGUGGUUAAAAGUUAGUCGUUUUUUAGUUUCGCUGUACUGUAAAUUACGGUAUUUAGUAUUCUGAUCGAUUUCCCUUUCAGAUCCUUGAAGAAAUGCCCCAAUUCCCGGAGAAAGAAAGCUCCCUACUAGCCAAACUCAAAAAGUCCAAACCUAGAGUGGAAGAACUCGAAAAUACGGUAACCGAAAAGAAGACCCGCCCUCAAGCCAUCAUCAACAAUGGCACUAGUCACAAUAAAACCGGCAAUCUAGUCGACAUCUCUUCAUCCGCCAACUCAUCAGCUCGCGACCCAUUGGCUGAAGUCUUCGCCGCCACAACCAACGCCCAACCUAUAGCCAUAGGGGAUGAGGAACACCUGGAGAUCAGCAACAAGGAAAACAUCUACAGCUUUGUCUUAAGACUGGCUGGCGUGAUCUACGAGGACCCGGUGAUUCAAAUCGGCUACAAGAUUGAAUCAAAGACACAUUUGUCGCGAUUGGUACUCUUUUUCGGAAACAAGACCAAAGCACCAUUCACAGAUGUCCAAACCUUGGUCACAUGCCCUGAGGACUUGGCUACGAAAUUAUUGACUCAGGUGAAACCAAUUGAGCCUGUUAUUCAGCCAGCCGCCCAGGUUCAACAGACGGUCCACUUGGUCUGUGUUCACGACUUUUACACUCUGCCUGUGGCUAAAUUAACCUUUAACUAUGUGUAAGUGGGGGAGGUGUAAUGUGAAAUGGCAUUGGAAUUCGAAGUUGUUAAAAUUGGGUUAUAGUUUUGGUGUUUUAGGUAACAAAAUUUAUAUUUUUACAAAAAAUUAGGUAUGAAUUAAAUUUUUUAACGUAUUUUAAAUUCCAGAACCCCCGAAGGAACCCCACAACGAUUUGCCAAAGCCUUUUAUCUUCCUGUCUUCUUGAACAAGUUUAUCACCCCAUCAGAGAUGGCGGCCGCCACCUUCUUCGAACGCUGGAAGGUCUUAAGCCAACCGGCUCAAGAACACCAACAAAUCUUUAAAGCCGGCCCGGAGGGCAUCGAUGUCGCUGGAAUUAGACAGAAGGUAAGGUUUCAAAAAGUUUUGAGUUUUUUUUGUUUGGAAAGAAAGUUAUUGCAAUUUUUUGCUUUGUAAAGAAGCUUUUUUCCAUUUUUUGUUCUGGGAAGGUUUUGCUAUUUUUAUGCAAAAAAUUUAAAACAAAUCAAUAUUAACUAGAACGCUUUCAGCUAGAAAACUUUGGUGCCAAAAUCCUAGAUAAUGUCGACCCCAAUCCAGACAACUUUGUCAUAGCCGGCAUCGUCGAAACUCGCACGGUAAACGCGGGUACCUUAAUAAGACUAGAACCCAACAAAACGGCCAAAAUGUAUCGACUUACAGUACGUUCCUCACUUGAUACGGUGGCACGCGGGAUCUGCGAGUUGUUAAUGAGACAAUUGAACUGA